UGUUUCAAGAACAAAUAGCCAGGCCAACCCGAUGGCUUCAUUGUUGCUACUGAGUCUGCAGCCAUGCCCGCUGGCAGAAUUGAAACCUUGAACCAAAGAAACUGAUAGGAUUCACUACUAAGGUCACAGCUUUCCUUCCCUACUUAUUUGCCCUUUAACUUUCCUCUUUGUGAUGUCAAGGGCUUAUGGAUCGGUGACAAGGAUUAGUGCAGGAGCUCUGAUUGAGUUGAGCUGCUUUCUAUGUUGAAGGGGAUCCACUACCAGUCGCUGAACUUAAGGCCAAUAAAGCCUUGUCUUGUUAAUGGGAGAAAACAAUGAGUUGGUGAAAUCAACUGUAUCUAGAGAAGAAGUGAAACGCAAAGGAAUCAAGAAAGGAUUCUUUGGGAGUCUUGAGAAGAUGGCAAGCCAAAUAAUCUCACUUGUGAAUUUGGCACAGAAACUCAUAUUACAAGAUAAGAGGUGAAUCUACUUGAAAGGAAAAGUGAAGCAAGAAGUGGAAGAUAAGUGUGUGACUUUAAAUAGGAUUGGUACAGUUUUGAAAUGCAUAUCUCACAAGGUUUCUGUCAGGUCAGAUGGGUUCUUACAGUUUGGCUACAGACACUAGUCUGAUUGUAAGAGUUCUACAAAUCUAUAGCUGCUACGCUAUUCACUUUUAGCUUGUAAGUUUUCAUCCAGCAAAUGUGACAGGAAACACUGAGGUCUCUUUCUUUAUUCUUAUCUUUUUAUACAUGAGAGACAACAAAUGUUUUAUUACCUCGAAAUGUCAUGUGGGAAUAUGGCUGUUACUUAAAAAAGUUUUCCGAUUAAUGCAUUUAGUCCAGCUAAAUGCAGUACUAUCAAUUUCUAAUAAUCUUUAAGUCUGAUUUGUAAUUUCAGAAAUAAGCAAGCGAAAUAAGGAGGCUCGAAAGAAGAAGAACAUGAACCACACAACCGGGAAGAAACCAUUUGCUGUGCUUCGAAGCAAAAUGGUACUAAUAUAUUUGUGCUACGACUUUCAGAAUUUUAUGUUAAACUAUCACUUGUAUAUGCUGGACUAAACAAAAUUAUAUAACUACUUCUAGACAAAGGAGUUGGGGUGCUCUACUACAAGAGUUGAAAUGUUUGAUAAAUUUUAUAGCCAUGCUGAUGGGACUCCAUCGAGUAGUGUGGUGGUUGAGAAUUUGAUAAGUGAACUAAGAGCAUUUGUAUGUUAUUUAAGUCAUGCUGAAACUGAUAAUAACUACAUUUUGCUUUUCUUUUAAAGUAAAAUGAAAGAAAAGUAAGCUAAACUUCCACCAAAAACUGAUGACUUAGUUGGCCAAAAUAACAUAUUUGCUUAAGUCAUUGGACAAGACAAACCUGGCCACGUCCGGUUGCAGAAGAUGACCCCAAAAGAGAAAUCUGCGGAGUCCAAACUCAUUACUGCAAGGGAGAAGACACCUGCUAGAUUGACAACGCAUAUGCUUCGUGGACAAGCUCUUAAAAGCCUAGAACAUACGGAUUCCUUAAAGUUGCAGCAGGGCAAUGAAGAUAACCAUAAGUUGGAGGAUUGGUCCCAGAGCAAUUCACUUUGUGUUCCUGCUCCUACAAAAGAGGAGAGAAAAGAAGAUUCCCUGGAGUUGGAGGAUGACAUAAGCUUAAGAUGUGCGUCUGAACCUUUGCGUGAAGGGAGAGAAAAUCAAGAAACAUCUGCUACAAAUAAAAGUUCAUCUUCUGCUGAAAAACUGGCACCAGAGAGCGCUGGAGCUUUGCCUGAAAUAAGGACAUCUCCAGAACUUAUAUCUGGUAAAAGAAGUGACUUAGAAAUUGGCAAUGCUAUGGAUGUUGGUAAAGAAAAAACUGGUGUCACCAUACCUAAUAUAAUUGCAUCUGGAACAACUUCCCAGCUAGUUACACCUUUAUCACCCUUGGGAUCAGAGAACCCAAAGCAAGGAAUUCAGGAAGUUACAACAUUCCAGAGUUCUUCCUCGUUAGUUACUGAAAUUUCGAGCCCCAAAAGCAUUCCCUUGGACCAAGCAAAAAGCAGAAAUUCCCUUGGACAACUCAUACUGCAUGUUCUUAUAGACUUAGAGCUGAUUCUCUCAUUUAGUUUCUUUUGUUUAUUAGAUGGCAAUGCUUUUCAUGUUAGUUUGCAAUUCUUUUGAACCCUUUUACUUGGUUACUUUUGUUGUUGAAGGAUAUUUGAGCAUUGACUUUUGUUUUUAAAUUACUACAUGCAUUCUGUUCUUUGGGAUAA